UAGUUCAGGGUCGAGUGCUCCUGGGACUAAUUUGGAUGAGGUCAGCGGUAAUUUUUGCAAAGACACUCUUCAAAAUGGCGGCACUUUCUGAAUACGAAAACGCGAUGUUUCUCGAGCUUAUGGAUGACGAUGGCUUGUUUGUCACCGCUAAGGGGUUGAGCAUAGAGAGAGUGGUCACAAACUUUCUGAAGAUCCACUGUGUUACAAGCGAUCCGUCAUCGAUUUCCUUAAUCCUAGUUAUCAACACAACAGAUAAAGAAGAAAGUGGAUUUCUUUUCAGGACUAUAUACUUGAUGAACUAAAAUCUUCAGAUGUUCCAUUGCCUAAAGUGAUCACCACUGAAUUCAGUUCAUC